GGGCGGGAUGGCGCGUUUCAGCUCUGGAGUGACUGUGCGCAAACGGGCCACGCCUCUGCGACACCAGCUGUCGGAGACACGCGGGCGUCCUGAGGGAUGGGAAUUGACUGCAUUGGUUGACCCCCCAGUCUCAGUCCGCACUCUGUGAGAAAACCCCGCUUUGCAGAGGCCCCAGGUAUAGCGGCGAUCGGCAAAGGAGGGACCCUUCUCGGUCCGCAUCCCAGUCCCAGCGCCCCUGGCUCGGACGACGCCUAGAGGCUCCUGAGUGGGUGCUCAAGCUCCCAGAGCAGCAGGUGUCCCGGCGAGGUCUCCGAUUUCCUGGAGACCUCUUGCCCUCCACAAAGGCCCCAGCCCUGUUUCGGAAACGUGCAUCCCGUGCCGCAGGAAACCGCGCCACCUCGCAGGGGAAGGGGCUUGGGCCGGGAAGAAGCGUCCUCUGCUGCUUGCCCAGUGCGCGCGCCCUGAGCUGACCUACGCGCCACCUCCUCCUUCCCAACAGCGCGGCGUAGCCAGACGCCAGGGGUAGGGGCGCAGGGCGCCGGCUCCUUCCUCCGCACACCUGAGCGUCACGCCUCCGUCCAUCUCUCUCCGACAUGGCCACCAGCCUCGGUCCCGAUGCUCGCCUGCAGCCGAGCGCGCUGUCGUCCCAGCAGACCACGCUCCUGCUGCUCCUUUCGGUGCUGGCCGCGGUGCACGUGGGCCAGUGGCUGCUGAGGCAGCGGCGGCGACAGCCGGGGUCCGCGCCGCCGGGCCCGUUCGCGUGGCCGCUGAUCGGAAACGCGGCGGCGAUGGGCCCGGCGCCGCACCUCUCGUUCGCGCGCCUGGCGCGGCGCUACGGCGACGUCUUCCAGAUCCGCCUGGGCAACUGCCGGGUGGUGGUGCUGAACGGCGAGCGCGCCAUCCGCCAGGCGCUGGUGCAGCAGGGCGCCGCCUUUGCCGAUCGGCCGCGCUUCGCCUCCUUUCGUGUGGUGUCCGGCGGCCGCAGCCUGGCUUUCGGCCAGUACUCCCCGCUCUGGAAGGUGCAGCGGCGCGCGGCGCAAAGCACCAUGCGGGCCUUCUCCACGCGCCAGCCGCGCAGCCGGCGAGUCCUCGAGGGCCACGUGCUGGGCGAGGCUCGCGAGCUGGUGGCGCUGCUGGUGCGCGGCAGCGCGGGCGGCGCCUUCCUCGACCCUCGGCCGCUGACCGUGGUAGCCGUGGCCAACGUCAUGAGCGCCGUGUGCUUCGGCUGCCGCUACAGCCAUGACGACGCCGAGUUCCGCGAGCUGCUCAGCCACAACGAGGAGUUCGGGCGCACGGUGGGCGCGGGCAGCCUGGUGGACGUGCUGCCCUGGCUGCGGCGCUUUCCCAACCCGGUGCGCACCGCCUUCCGCGAGUUCCAGCAGGUCAACCGCAACUUCAGCAACUUCGUCCUCGACAAGUUCCUGAGGCACCGUGAAAGCCUGCAGCCCGGGGCCGCCCCGCGCGACAUGAUGGACGCCUGCAUCCUCUCGGCAGGAACCGAGGCGGCGGCGGAGGGCUCGGACGGCGGCGGCGCGCGGCUGGACCUGGAGUACGUGCCGGCCACUGUCACCGACAUCUUCGGCGCCAGCCAGGACACGCUCUCCACGGCUCUGCAGUGGCUGCUCAUCCUUUUCACCAGGUAUCCUGAAGUGCAGGCUCGGGUCCAGGCCGAACUGGAUCAAGUCGUGGGUAGAGACCGGCUGCCCUGCCUGGACGACCAGCCCAAGCUGCCCUACGUCAUGGCCUUUCUUUACGAAGCCAUGCGAUUCUCCAGCUUUGUGCCUGUCACCAUUCCUCAUGCCACCACCACCAGCGCCUCCGUCUUGGGCUACCACAUUCCCAAGGAUACGGUGGUUUUUGUUAACCAGUGGUCUGUGAAUCAUGACCCGGCAAAGUGGCCUAACCCAGAGGACUUUGAUCCGGGCCGGUUCUUGGACAAGGACGGCUUCAUCGACAAGGACCUGGCCAGCAGCGUGAUGAUUUUUUCAGUGGGCAAACGGCGGUGCAUUGGGGAAGAGCUUUCCAAGAUGCAGCUGUUUCUCUUCAUUUCCAUCCUGGCUCAUGAGUGCAAUUUCAAGGCCAAUCCAGACGAACCCGCGACGAUGGAUUUUAAUUACGGUCUGACCAUUAAACCCAAGUCAUUUAGAAUCAAUGUCACUCUCAGAGAGUCCAUGGCGCUCCUUGAUAGGGCUGUCCAAAAGUUUCAAGCCGAGGAAGGCUGCCAGUGAGAAGCCAGAAGUGAGCUCAAAUUUUGGAAAUACUCAAGUGUGGGGGGGCGGGUAGACUUUUCUAGCUCCUCUGUGCCACUUUCUCAAUUGGCUUCUAAAGUGAGUAUCAACCAACGGACCUGCUGAUGAGGGGCUUCACGCACCUGUGCUCAGAGCAGUGCAGGGCUAUGAAGGAGCUCCUGGAAGAAUUUUGGAGCCAAAGAAUUACAGGGUCCAAAGAAUUUUUACACAAUAUUGAGUGCUGGUAAUAAUAUCUUGAGGGAGCAUCCUUUGGAGUUGAAACCCACAUAUGCGCACCCACAAAUGACCUAAUGAAGAACAGGUUCAGUAACCACACCUUCGUGGGUGGGAUCCAGGACUGACGUUCUGAGCGCUGAAAUCUGCUCCAUAGGAAACCACAGUCAGCAAAAUUUCUGAAAAUAUUGUUGACUACGCAAAGGCAAAUCAUUUCAAUGUAAGAUGCGGGAUUGAGGGUGACAAGGGAAGAGGGUAAAGACCAGAAACUCCUUUCUGACCUCUUUGGUAAAAAAUAGUUUAGGGAGUAUCUCUGGAUGGAUUUGUCUUUUUGCCUACCGAUGUGCUUUCUCUUUUUUGCAUAAAUCAUGAGGUCAUUUGCUUAUAAAGAAAUUAAUAGUGGUUGAUUCAAUAGUAGGCUUCGAUGAUUUAUCAUGAAUUUUGAAGUGUAAGUUGUUAAACCGUCAAAAAUUCCAAGCCGAAGUCAUACCUCUGCUGUUGCCAAAAUACAGAAUUUCAAUGAUGAGAAAAAAAAAA